AUGCAGAAACAAAUGAAGCAAUUGGCUCUAAUCUUCUCAGUGAUUCUCCAGGUUCAUGGCUACGAGGGAUCUCCAUCACCGCAUUCAUCGGCGGUUGGAGAUCCCGGGAUGAAGAGAGAUGGUCUCAGAGUUGCGUUUGAAGCUUGGAACUUUUGCAAUGAGGUUGGCUUUGAAGCUCCUCAUAUGGGUAGUCCUCGAGCCGCCGAUUGCUUCGAUGUUUCCUCUACAAGUGGUUAUUCCUUGAUGCACAAGGUAACAGACUUGGAUAACAAGCUAGGCAUCGGAAUGGAGAAACCAGGAAUCAUAUCAGAAGCAGCAUUACAAAACCCUGACCUUUACGCGGUCGAAAAAGAGCUUUAUCUAGGUUCUCUCUGUCAAGUCUCAGACAAACCAAACCCAUGGAGUUUCUGGAUGGUAAUGCUCAAAAACGGAAAUUACGACACAAAAUCCGGUCUUUGUCCUCAAAACGGUAAAAAAAUCCCACCUUUCAAUCAACUGGGAAAAUUCCCUUGUUUCGACACCGGUUGUAUGAACCAACCGGUACUGAACCACGGUAAAACCGAGCUUCUGAGUGACGGUCAAACCAUGAGGGGUUGGUUUAACGGUACGUACGAACUCGAGGCAGGUCUGGGAAAUGGACUCAAUGGGAUAAGCUAUUACGAGGUUGUGUGGGAGAAGAGAGUUGGUAUUGGUGGUUGGGUGUUUAAACAUAAGCUUAAGACUUCAAAAAAGUAUCCAUGGCUUAUGCUUUACCUUAGAGCUGAUGCAACUAAAGGAUUCUCUGGUGGUUAUCAUUAUGAAACUAGAGGAAUGCUCAAAACACUUCCGGAAUCACCAAACUUCAAGGUGAGACUAACACUAGACAUUAAACAAGGAGGAGGACAAAAGAGUCAAUUCUACCUUGUCGACAUCGGAAGCUGUUGGAAAAACAACGGUAAGCCUUGCGACGGUGACGUAACCACAGAUGUAACUCGUUACUCGGAGAUGAUCAUAAACCCGAAAACCGCACUUUGGUGCAACUCAAAGAGUCUAUACAAUUGUCCACCGUACCAUACAUUUCGAAACGGUACGAGAGUUCACCGGACGGAUAACCGGAGAUUCCCUUACGAGGCUUACCAUGUUUACUGUGCGCCGGGAAACGCCGAGCAUCUCGAGGUUCCGGUGGGGACUUGUGAUCCGUUUAGUAACCCACAAGCUCAAGAGAUUCUUCAGCUUUUGCCUCACCCGGUUUGGGGUGAAUAUGGGUAUCCGACCCGGUUAGGUGAUGGUUGGGUGGGUGAUCCGAGAACUUGGGAGCUUGAUGUUGGUGGUUUGUCUAGUAGGCUUUACUUCUACCAGGAUCCCGGUACGACUCCGGCUAGGAGGAUAUGGACAUCGGUUGAUGUUGGUACAGAGAUUUAUGAAGAUGAAGAAGCAAUUGCUGAAUGGCAUCUUUCUGAUUUCGAUGUUGUCAUUACUUCAGCAAGAAGAUCCCAAAUUCUACAGAAGAUCUUUAACUAUGGUGACAAAAAAGGAGUAUAUGUUUCCGUGAUCAUUAAAUCUAAUACGGUAAAUUUCCAAUCUUUUGAAAAUUGA